AAGACGAGGAAGAGGUCGUCCCCCCCCCCCCCCUCCCUCUUCCGCGACGUCCGCAGGCCGCUGGCGCGUGGUCGUCUGCAGCGACGGCUCGAAGCGCGAGCACGCGGCGUCCCUCAACCCGUCCGGCGUGGAUCUUUUGUGUGGCGGACGGCUGAGGAGCGGAACGGAAUCCACGUAACGGUCAAGUCGUGUCCCGCCAUGGAGGCCAGCAGUGAGCUGGAGCAUCACGUAGCCAGCGUGCACAGAGCCAUCGUCUUCCUCGAGCAAGAGCAUUUGACGCUGCUGGCCGGCCUGCACGUGGAGAUCAGCAACCUCAAGAGGAGAUGCCAAGAGCUGAGCUGUGAGCUGGACUCCAGGUUCCCACACAGGACCACAGCAGCUGACCUGGCGUCACGCUGCAAGGCAGCGCAGCGUCUUCUAGAGGAGCAGCACGGCAGUGCGGCGACAGCUCGCGGGGAGCUGCGCCUGGGGGGGGCACGGGCAUCAGAGUUGGGGCGCUGCCUGCGCCGGGACGAGCGUCACUUUCUGGAUGAGCUGAAGCGGCGCAGCCACAAGAUCAGCCUGCUCAACCGCGAGCUCCAGCUGCAGAAGGGUGCCGCGGCCGCCCUGUUUCGACAGCUCAACGCCGCCCGCGCAAAGCUGCGCCAGCAACGUGGCGCCCCCCAGCAGGGGGAACCGUUAGCCCCCCAAGACCAAGAUCAUGAUGAAGAAGAGGAUGCUGAGCUCCCAUCACCGCUGCUCACCAGAGCCAGCGUAAGGGCGGAGCGGGUGCGGGCGUGCGUCCCCCAGGAGAGAGUAACGUCUCCGCAGAAGCCGCACCCCAUGCCGGACCCCGCCCUCUUUCUGGUGCCCCUCCGGUACCGCCUCCUGCUGCGAGGGGGAGAGGCGGACGACUGGGAGGAUGUGGAUGAGGGCGGCGGCCUGCGGGGACGCGUGGACAUGGGCGCAGCCGAGGGUGAGACAGCCCUAUGAUGUCAUUUGCGUCCGGCCGCCGGACCCCUUGCGAGAGGACUUGCGAUUGGCUAACAUGAGCGCCGCCAUGAGCAAGCUGAGCGUGUUCUUUCUUUCUUUCUUUCUUUCUUUCUUUCUUUCUUUCUUUCUUUCUUUCUUUCUUUCUUUCUUUCUUUCUUUCUUUCUUUCUUUCUUUCUUUCUUUCUUUCGUUCCAACCUGCCUUUCUGUCAUCGGUGCCGACUUUGAAAAUGAAAUCAUUGCUUGACAAACUUCUGGGGUCUUUCUUGAAGGUUUUCAUUCCAAAAGAUUCCAUAGCACUAAAUACAACAAAAUUAAACUC